CAAUUAUAUUAAUUUAUGCUGAUUGAAAAUUUAGCAAAUGAACUACAAUGCUCAAUUUGGUAAGUUAUGAUAAAUAUUAUUUAAGCUUAAGUUUAUUUAGUAUUCCGUUUGUAAUUCCUUGUGGACAUACUUUUUGCCGCGAUUGCAUUCAAAAUUAUGGAAAAACCUCUAAAGCCUCUAAAUGCCCGCUUUGUAAAUAGCCUUUUAAUCUUUCAAAAAUAAAUCUCAAUAUUUCAUUGUAAGCUGUCUUGAAUAUUAUGGAUCAAGAUAAUACUAAGGUCAAAGGAGAUGUAAGUAGAAAAAAAUCAAAAUCCACCAAUUUUUUUAUAUGCACUUCAAAUUUAUCUGAUGAAUAUAAGGUAAUACAAAAAGAAAUUAAUAUAAGGAAUACUUCGAAAGGUUUUAGAAACAGUUCAAAUUAAAAUCAAAUUCAAAUAUGAAUUCUAAGAUUACACACCUUAUAUCAGGGCCUGACGAUCCAAAUAAACCAUUUAUAGCAAGAAGAACUUUAAAAUAUUUAGAAGCAUUAGCUCGAGGGAUUUGGAUUGUAAAUAUAGAUUGGGUGAUUGAAAGUCUGAAAUGUGAUACAAUAUUAAAUGAAGAAGAUUUCGAAAUUAAAGGAGAUGAAUUUCCAACUUUAACUCCAAAAAUAUCAAGAACUAGAGGUGGAAUGUAAGAUUUCCUUAGAGAUUAUGAAUUCAGUAUAGAAAUAGGAAAUAUAAAUAAAACAAUAAUAAAUUAAGAGUAUAUAGAAACUUUAAUAUCGCUUUGUGGAGGUAACAUAGUAAGUUAAAAGGAGAAGACUUAAAAUACUAUUAUAAUAAAAAUAGUUUAAGACCCUCAAAUAAAUUAUACUCGUAUUGAGUGUAUACCAAUGAUAGUCAAUUAAAAAUGGCUGUUUGACAGUAUUAGUAAAUUCAAUAUGCAAAAUUAUUUUGGUUAUUUAAUAAGCAAUUGA